AUGGACGUUGAAAAAAUUCCAAAAGCUGAUAAUCCAGAUAUCGAUGAUACUGUUGAUGGUUCAGAUGAAUCAAUUGAACAGUACGAUGGAUUUACCAAAGCUACCAAUGACCAAAUUCAAAACUUGGCCAGAACUUUAAGUCACCAAUCAUUUCAUUCUUCCCAAAUUGAAGAUUCCAAUGAAUUGAUUAAAUACUUAUCUCAUAUGUCUCAAGUUCCAGGUAUUGAAACUUUCCACGAUGGCAUCGAUGACAGAUUAAAUCCAGAUUCCGAUAGUUUUGAUGCUAAAUUUUGGGUGAAAAAUUUAAGAAAAUUAAGAGAUUCUGAUGAAGAUUAUUAUAAACAUAACAAAUUAGGUAUUGGUUAUAAGAAUUUAGUUGCUUCUGGUAUUGCUACUGAUUCAGAUUAUUUAUCAACUGUUUCCAAUGGUGUAUGGAAAUUCAUGAAAGAUAAUUAUAAUAACUUUUUCAAUGAUAAACCUGAAAGAUAUUUCGAUAUUUUGAAAAGUAUGGAUGGUUUAAUGUUACCUGGAGAAGUCACUGUGGUUUUAGGUAGACCAGGUAGUGGUUGUUCUACAUUAUUGAAAACUAUUGCCUCUCAAACUUAUGGUUUUAAAGUUAGUCCUGAAAGUCAAAUUUCUUAUGAUGGUUUAUCUCCUUCAGAUAUUAAAAAUAACCAUAGAGGUGAUGUUAUUUAUUCAGCAGAAACUGAUAUUCACUUCCCAAAUUUAAUGGUUGGUGAUACUUUAGAAUUUGCUGCUAGAAUGAGAACCCCUCAAAAUAGAGGUAAUGUUGAUAGAGAAACUUAUGCUAAACAUUUAGCUGCUGUUUAUAUGGCCAUGUAUGGUUUAUCUCAUACCAGAUACACUAAGGUUGGUAAUGAUUUCAUCAGAGGUGUUUCUGGGGGUGAAAGAAAGAGAGUUUCAAUUGCUGAAGCUUCAUUAUCUGGAGCCAAUUUACAAUGUUGGGAUAAUGCUACUAGAGGUUUAGAUGCCGCUACUGCUUUGGAAUUCAUUAGAGCCUUAAAGACUUCCGCUGCUGUUAUGGAUACUACUCCUUUAAUUGCUAUUUAUCAAUGUUCUCAAGAUGCUUAUGAUUUAUUUGAUAAUGUGGUUUUAUUAUAUGAAGGUUAUCAAAUUUUCUUUGGUAAAGCUAAAGAAGCUAAACAAUUCUUCUUAGAUAUGGGUUAUGAUUGUCCUGCUAGACAAACUACUGCUGAUUUCUUAACUUCUAUUACCAAUCCAGCUGAAAGAAUUGUCAGACCAGGAUUUGAAAAUAGAGUUCCAAGAACUUCAAAAGAAUUCGAAACUUAUUGGAAAAAUUCUCCUGAAUAUCAAACUUUACUUACAAAGAUUGAUGAUUAUUUCUCCCAUUGUCAUGAUAACGAUACUAAAGCUAAAUAUUUAGAAAGUCAUGUUGCUAAACAAUCUAACCACGUUAGACCUUCAUCUCCUUACACUGUUUCAUUCUGGAUGCAAAUCAGAUAUGUAUCUCAUAGAAAUUUCUUAAGAAUGAAGAGUGAUCCUUCAAUUACAUUGUUUUCUGUGUUAUCCCAAGUUAUUAUGGCCCUUAUUGUUUCAUCCUUCUUCUACAAUAUGCAACCAACUACUGACACUUUCUAUAAAAGAGGUGUUUCCAUGUUCACUGCUUGUUUCUUUAAUGCUUUUGCUUCAUUAUUGGAAAUUAUGACUCUUUUCGAAGCUAGACCUAUUGUUGAAAAGCAUAAACAAUAUGCUUUGUAUAGACCUAGUGCCGAUGGGUUGGCAUCAAUUGCAACAGAAUUUCCUGUUAAAAUUGCUAUGUCUUUGGGUUUCAACUUGAUUUUUUACUUCAUGGUCCAUUAUAGACGUGAGCCUGGUAGAUUCUUCUUUUACUUGUUAACUAUGUUCAGUUGUACUAUUUCAAUGUCCCAUAUUUUCAGAACUAUUGGUGCUACUACUAAAACUAUGGCUUCAGCUAUGACUUUUGCUACUGCCAUUUUAAUUGGUUUAGUUGUUUUCACCGGGUUCUCCAUUCCAACUCCUUCUAUGUUAGGUUGGUCAAGAUGGAUGAAUUAUAUUGAUCCUAUGGGUUUCGCUUUCGAAAGUUUGUUGGUCAAUGAAUUCCAUGGUGUUAAUUAUCUUUGUUCCCAAUUCAUUCCAUCUGGUGGCGCCUACGAUUCUUUACCUUUAGCUUCCAAAAUUUGUUCUGUUGUUGGAGCUGUACAAGGUGAAGAAUAUGUUAGUGGUGAUGAAUAUCUUAGAUUAAGUUACCGUUAUUCUAACGACCAUAAGUGGAGAAAUUGGGGUAUCAUGAUUGGUUUCGUUGUUUUCUUCCUUAUUGUUUACUUGGUAAUUAUUGAAUUCAACAAAGGUGCAAUGCAAAAGGGGGAAAUCGUCUUAUUCUUGAAAUCAGCUUUGAAAAACCAAAAGAAACAAGCUGUUGAUACUAAUGAUGAAGAAAACCAACUUACCAAUGAAAAGAUCAAUAUGGAUGAUCAAUAUGAAUCAUCCAGUGGUUCAGUUAAGAAAAUGGAAAAUAGUAACAUCUUCCAUUGGAAAGAUUUAACUUAUCAAGUUAAAGUCAAGAGUGAAGAUAGAAUUUUAUUGAAUCAUGUUGAUGGUUGGGUUAAACCAGGUCAAUUAACAGCUUUGAUGGGCUCAUCAGGUGCUGGUAAAACUACCUUAUUGAACACAUUGUCUGAAAGAUUAACUGUUGGGGUUAUUUCCGAAGGUAACAGAAUGGUUAAUGGACAUCCAUUAGAUUCAUCUUUCCAAAGAACUAUUGGUUACGCUCAACAACAAGAUGUUCAUUUACCAACAUCUACUGUCAGAGAAGCUUUGAGAUUCUCAGCUUACUUAAGACAACCUGCUAAUGUUUCUAUCAAAGAAAAGGAAGAAUAUGUCGAAUAUGUUAUUGAUUUAUUGGAAAUGUCUGCUUAUGCUGAUGCUGUUGUUGGUGUUGCUGGUGAAGGUCUUAAUGUUGAACAACGUAAACGUUUAACCAUUGGGGUUGAAUUAGCUGCUAAACCAAAAUUAUUGUUAUUCUUAGAUGAACCUACUUCAGGUUUAGAUUCCCAAACUGCUUGGUCUAUUUGUAAAUUGAUGAGAAAAUUGGCUGAUCAUGGUCAAGCUAUUUUAUGUACUAUCCAUCAACCUUCAGCUAUUUUAUUACAAGAAUUCGAUAGAUUAUUAUUCUUACAAAAAGGUGGUCAAACUGUUUAUUUUGGUGAUUUAGGUGAAAAUUGUUCUACUUUAAUCAAAUAUUUUGAACGUAAUGGUUCAGAUCCUUGUCCUCCAGAAGCUAAUCCAGCUGAAUGGAUGUUACAUGUUGUUGGUGCUGCUCCAGGUUCUCAUGCUAAACAAGACUAUUUCGAAGUUUGGAGAAAUUCUCCUGAAUAUGAAGCUGUCCAAAAAGAAUUAGACUAUUUCGAAACUGAAUUAGUCAAAUUACCAAGAGAUAUCGCUCCUGAUGCCCAUAAAACUUAUGCUACUCCAAUUUAUAAACAAUAUCUCCCAGUUACUUGGAGAAUCAUUGUUAGUUUCUGGAGAACUCCAAGUUAUAUCUAUUCCAAGAUUUUCUUAACUGUUUCCUCAAGUUUGUAUAUUGGAUUUGUUUUCUUCAAUGCCCAUAACAAUAUCCAAGGUUUACAAAAUCAAAUGUUUGCUGUUUUCAUGACUUUCGUUUCCUUAUUCACUUUACUUCAACAAAUUUUACCUUACUUCAUUUUCCACAGAAGUAUUUAUGAAAUCAGAGAAGCUCCUUCAAGAACUUUCUCAUGGAUUACUUUCAUUUUGGGUAUAAUGUCAGCAGAAAUUUUCUACCAAUUUUUCAUGGGUACAAUUUUCUUCUUCUGUUGGUUCUAUCCAGUUGGUUUCUAUAAGAAUAUGUCAUACGAAGGUAACACUAAUGAAAGAGCUGCCUUGAUUUGGUUGUUCGUUACUUUCAACCAUGUUUUCAUUUCUACUUUGAGUCAUCUUGCUAUGUCUUUCAAUGAAGUUAUGGAAAAUGCUGGUAACUUAGCCAUGUUCGUUUUAACUAUUUGUUUCAACAAUAAUGGGGUUUUAGUUCAAUAUAACGAUAUUCCAGGAUUUUGGAAAUUCGUUUAUAGAGUUAAUCCUUUCACCUAUAUUGUUCAAGGGGUUUUAAGUGCAGGUUUAGCUAAUGCUCCAGCUUACUGUGAAGAAUAUGAAUUAUUAAAAUUCACCGCUCCUGAUGGAGAAACUUGUGGUUCAUUCAUGAAUGAUUUCAUUGGUGUUGCUGGUGGUCAAUUGAUGAAUAAUCAAACUUCCAAUUGUGAAUAUUGUUCAUACACUUCAACCAAUCAAUUCUUAGACAGAAUUAGUGCUAGUUAUUCAGAAAGAUGGAGAAAUUUCGGAAUCUUAUGUUGUUUCAUUGUAUUCAACUUUUUCCUUACCAUCCUCUUCUAUUGGUUAGCUAGAGUUCCAAAAGGAACUAGACAAAAAAAGUGA